AUGGAUGAAGUUCCAGUCACAUUUGACUGUCCAAGCAACAGAACAGUCAAUCUGAAAGGUGCCAAGAUGGUUUCCAGAAAGACAACUGGAAAUGAGAAGAACAGAUACAGUGUCGUCUUGGCUUGUGCUGCUGAUGGAACCAAGCUAAAGCCAAUGUUGACUUUCAAGAGGAAGACUUGCCCCAAAGAAGAAAUUUCCAAUGGAAUACUUGUUCACAUGCAUGAGAAAGGCUGGAUGGAUACGGAUGCACACCCUCUCGCUCUCUCGGCUCCCCUCUGCUUCAGCCGCCCCUUCACCCCCACAUCAACUUUAUGCACACUUUUGGGUCCAAUCUGCCUUUGCAGUACUCCUUUUUUCCUCCGUCCCACCAACCGAUCCGAGGUCGGGUCCUCUGGAUCAUACGUCGUGAAGCAAGAUCGCGACGCCAUCAUUUCAAUCGCCUCAAACCUACGGUCUACGGCCUCUGAGGGAGGACUCUUGAUUCGGAUCAGGCUGCAAUCUGAUCAGCUUUUCUACAUUCAUGGUGAUAUGGACACCCAAUCUGUGGAUGAGGUUCCCAGAGCAACUGGCAAUCCUCUUGGACUACUCAACGCAGAUCGGCUCCUCGCCUUCCUUCGACUUCGCUCUGAUUUCCUUCCGCCUCCGGCAAUCAUGCAAGCAAGUUAA